AUGCUCUUCUUUUUCGUCAGCAGUUUUCUCGCAGCUUUAUUCUCCAUAACCUCCUGCUACUUCAAUGUGUUCAUAUUGUUCUCAAUACUAUAUUUGAAACGAAUACCUGUCAAGUCUAGUAUGUCACUAAUCUACUACAAAUUAGGUAUUGAUGCCUUUUAUACCCUCAGUUUAUUUUUUAAUAAAUUAUAUUCAAUUUUGAUGAAAAUUUCCGCCGACAGUUCUAUCAGAAAUUUGAUUUUCUACUUGAUUUGGAUAUCCACAUCUCUUGGAAAUUUACGUGCGACCGUUGCACUUUUGAUAUCAUUCGAGAGAGCCGUGGCCACUCUAUUUCCAGUUUUCUAUCACAAUUAUCGACAAAAACUUUCAAAUUGUAUUGUAUGGUUUUUAAUUAUUUUAUUGAUUUUAUUCGAUCAAUAUAUGCUGUUUGGAUUUUGUGACGUUGUUAUAGACACACCGCUAGACUGUUAUAAUUUUCUGUGUACUAUGAACCAGUGUUAUGCCACCUAUUGGUUGUCACAUGAGCGAAUUUUUUCAUUUUCCAAUGUAUUUUUUUCUGCUGUCGUUUCUUUUCGCUUGUUUAUUUGGAAUCACUUCUUCAGUACUCAAGUGAGCAACACAAUUUCAAGAGCCACCCGUAAUGCACUUUUCGAUUCUUUUAUUGUUAUAGCUUUUAAUGUUAUCCCCAACUUCAUGUUUGCUAGUUUUUACACUAUAAUUUUGGAAAAAGUUGGAGAAUUGACUGUUGCCACGAAGACUGCUGGUUUUAUGAUUGAAGCAUUGAUAACUUUUCAAAUUUUGUUUGGUUCGAAAAAAGUUGGACCAGCAGUUGUCACACCUCAAUCGUAGCUUUUUAAAAAUAAAUUCCCAACUGUAAUUUUUUAAUGAACUUUUUGAUUAGA